AUGGCUUCUCGCCGUUGGUAUUGGUUCCCAAUAUACUUUGCAGCGUCAGUAACACUAGGAGUGAUAGCAAUUUCCUCAGCGGUGCAUUCAACUUCCAAGAACUCACCCAAACAAUUACCACCCAUAACCAAUGACCACUCAAAGAACGCCUCAGAAGCUCUUCGAAAAGCUGGUUUCACAGUCAUGGCAGAUCUACUCCACCGCUCUCCCUUAUUCUUCCAUCCACCACAAAACUCAACCAUCUUCGCCAUCAAAGACUCAGCCAUCAAAAACUCCUCUCUCCCUCUCUGGUUCCUCAAAAACCUUCUCCUUUACCACACCUCCACCUCCAAAACCUCCUUCCAUGACCUCUUAAACAAACCUCCUGGAACAUGCAUCACAACCCUCUUUCGUCAAAAGAAAGUUGCACUCACCAAGGUUGACCCGGAACCAAAACUCGUUGAGAUCAAUCACGUGUUGAUAUCAAACCCUGAUAUAUUUCUUGGAGAUCAACUUGCCGUUCAUGGGGUUCUUGCACCGUUUUUACCCUUGGACCUUCAAGAUCUUCAAGGAGGUUGGGAUCAUUUCAUUCACUCACCCACUUGUCGUUUCAACGAUUCUUCCAUGUUUAAUGAAUCCAGGAACGUGGUUGAGUGGAACCGGGUCGUUCAGUUGCUCGGUUCAAGAGGGUAUGCUUCGUUUUCUAUUGCAUUGCAUUCGGUUCUUGAUGGGGUUCGGAAAUACACCGGGAGUUUGGAUUCUGCGACAAUCUUUGCUCCUCCUGAUUUGACAUUGCUUCGAUACCCUUCAACGGUGCUUGAUAGAACUGUGAGAAUUCAUAUUUUGCCUCAGCGGUUUACUUACAAAGAACUCACUUCUCUGCCAAUUAGGACUCUGUUGAAUACGCUGGUGUCUGAAGAAAAUCUCGAAAUUGAUGGAGUUCUAGGUUUCAUGGCAGGGAUGGUGAUUAAUGGUGUGGAGAUUGUCGAACCUGACAUGUUGGUUUCAGAGAAAUUCGUGGUUCAUGGGAUUUCUAGAGCUUUUAAGAUGGAUGAGCUUGCUGCUUGA